AUGCUGUGCGAAAAUUUCAGAUCUCCCAGGAUCAAAAUAGAAAGCCUGAAGAUGAGAGUUUUUCCUUUUACUCUUCAAGGAGUGGCUCAAGAUUGGUGGUAUUAUCUCUCUGCACAGAUUACAAAUUGGGAAACCAUUGAAAGACUAUUUCUUGAAAAGUAUUUUCCUGCAUCUAGACUAUCUGUCAUCCGAAGAGAAAUUCAAGAUAUAAGACAGAGAGAUAGGGAGAAUCUCAAUGCUGCAACCGGAGGAUCUUUCUUAGACAGGUCACUAGAAGAUGAAAUAGAUCUAAUAGAAUGGAAGGCAGUGGACAAUCAACAAUAUGGAACAAGAGAAAAUUUAGUGACUUUGUUGAAAGGAGUACANGAAAUUGAAAACGGUGUAGUUGAUGGAAGGAGGAUAGAUGAAAGAUUGAAUAAUUUAGAAAGCAAACUCGACAAGAUUGCAAGUUUGUUUAAAACCUCCACUCCACAAAUUGCUAAGAAGUGUGGAAUUUGCAUUUCAACUGAUCACUACACUGAUGAAUGUCCAAGCUUGAUGGAAACUACUAUGGAAAAUCCAUCUCAAGCUUUUGCUGCAAACACGUUUGAAGGAAACAGACCAUACCAGAAUUAUCAGGGUUCAUCCUCAAAUAGGUAUCAGCAGAACUGGCAACCUUAUGUUCCACCUCAACAAAGGCAGCAAUCUCAACCCGAAAUAUCACUGCAAGAUUUCAUGAAAACAUUGCUUGAGCAAAAUUCAGAAAUCAAGAAAUCAAUUGCAGAGUUGACUCAGAGGGUGGAAAAGUUAGAGGCUAAGGAGUCAAAUAAGUUGUCUGCACAAACAAUGAUCAACCCGCAAAAUGUAAGUGCUAUUACUUUGAGAACGGGUAAGCAAGUAGAAGGCCCAGAAAGAGCCCAAGAGGAUGAAGAUAAGGAGAAAGAAGAAGUACAAAUUGAUGACAAUGGAGGAUCAAGUGAACCAUCACCUGAGACUACCAUUGAGAAAUCCAGAAGGCGUUUUAGGGAUAAUGAGGUUGUGAAUUUGGGAAGAAAUGUGUCAAGCUUGAUUAAGAAGCAUAUUGAAAUACCACGAAAAUACAAGGAUCCAGGUAUGUUUUCUAUUCCUUGUGUUAUUGGAAAUUCAAAGUUUGACAACGCCAUGCUAGAUUUAGGGGCUUCCAUUAAUGUAAUGCCUUUAUCAGUGUUUAUUUCUCUAUCUCUGAGACCUCUGAAGAGUACUGGUGUGGUCAUUCAACUGGCCAACAAUAGCACAGUUAAACCUGCAGGUGUGCUUGAGGACGUGCUUGUCCAAGUAGACAAGUUAAUUUUUCCUGUAGAUUUUUAUAUCUUGGACAUGAAGGAUGAUGAUGGAAUCAGUCCAACAACUAUUAUCUUAGGAAGGCCCUUCAUGAUGACAGCAUGA